ACGGUUUCGGGGAGCUAUUCAUGACUUCUUAUUAAUUAUAUCUAUCAUCAUCAGUUGCUGCUCGUUCAUGGGUACGUGGUAGAAACAUUUAAUGCUGAGUGAACGAGCAAAUGUGGUUUGCCGUCAGUUCACGGAUAGCAUAAGCGCGCUUUCUCCCGACCGCGAGCAAUCCAGCUAGGGACAACGCGUUCCCCCGGUCCAAAGACACGACUCGAGCAGGAAUGUAAGAAGACAGAGCGGGUGCGACCAAACAUCCAAGAUAGGUUCCACGGCGCUCUCCCUUGCUGCACGCGAGUCUGUCGAUAACAUUGCAACAUUUCUGCCAUCAAUCGCACUCCCUAGUCAUUCUUUCAUCGGACACGCGCAUCAUUCCAAGAUCACGAGUACGAGUAUUCCAAGGCACAAGCCAGCAGGGGUUCCGUGAAAAUUAUCAUCGCUCCGUCAACAAGUUCUCGCACGGCGCAGCACAUCGGUCGAGAUGGCAACUCCGGUCAGGACACCUCAAAAUGCAAACAACGUCCUUAUCCUGCUUGGGGCUAUUGAUUCGAAUCUCGGGAAAUAUACUACCGUAGAGUCUCAGAACGACUUCCUCGAUUCACUUGUGACCAAAUACGAUUUCAACUGGGAAGGUAAAGGGAAAUGGGGCGACAGCCAUGAGACUCUACGACGCGUGCUCAAUCGUCUUGCGCAAGAUCGCCGCCCCGAAUUUCGCGAUCUAACUGGCGAUGACAAGUUGCAUGAUCGUGUGCAUGCUCUCUUCCGCUUUGGGAGUGAUAUCCUCAGUACAGAGAGACUGCGUGCGUAUGGGUACUCUCGUCGGUCGGACAGGUCUGGCGCUGACGGCAAGCGGAAACGCGUCGAGACCGAGGCGGGUCGGGAGUACCGCCGCUCAUCGAAUGCCGGACGGCGUCGACACGGGACUUCAGAGGACCGAGGCGAUUCUGAGUCAUAUCCUGUGCAGAAAAGACCGAGAACGAGCGCUGAAGACAACGAGCGCAGCACGCGUUCGUCAAACGGUGUGAAACAUUCUGAAGCUCGUCGCAUGUCUUUGCAGGAAGAUUUGCCGCGCACACGUCGAUAUACUACUGGUCGCAAAGCUUCAUCAGUGGAGGCUGGAGGUAAUCGUCGCGAGCUUAGAUCACCGCCACAGCAGUAUGCGGAUGAGUCAGAUAACGGCGAAGGAAGCAGUGAAUACGAAGACGCAAUGCAGUACGAUCCCGAUAGAACUCGGCCGGAGAGGAAGGCCAGUCCCCAAAGACCAAUCUAUUCGAGCCGCAAUGGAAGGGCUGAUAACCAUCUCAAAUUCGGGCAACACACGCAACAGAAUGGCAACGGACGAAAUCAUCCACGAGAACCGUCACCGAAUCCAUGGCACACUAACGGCACACCAAAUGUCGCAGUUGACGCCUGGUCUAAGGGCGGACAAUUCCGAAUUGUGGAAGCACCGUCACAAAACACGACGCGACAAGACCUUUCCCUAAGCGAUCGCCUGACAGAGAUUCACCACAAAGUCACUCAACUGGCCUCCUUUUUCUAUCCUCAAUCGAGCAAUCCGAACCUACCCUCUGCUCCACUGCUGCAUGCCAGCCCGCCACCGGCCCUGGCCGAUCUCUACUAUAGUAUCUUUGGCAGCGAAUCGAAAGACUGGCAUCGUGUCGCUGGUCCCUUGCUAGAACAUCGCGCACUUUCUGCGCGUACUUUCCUCAUCGCCCUGAUUUGGGCAUUUCUACGCAAGAAUUUUCUCGACACGGAUACGACAGGCUUCCAUCGAGCACCGCUCUGGUCGCUGCUGGAUGAGCGUAACCUAACACAUCGCUGGGCGAAGGGAUACUACCAGAGCGGAGUCAACGCAGCCGCGGCAGGACAAGCUGGAGAGUACGAAGAGACAGGACCUCUACCGCCGCAACGAGCCGACUCCGCCGCCUGGCCUCUCAUGCGUGACUUCUUCCGGAAAGUUGCCCUUACCCAACUUCACGAAGACCGCCGUUUUAUGAAAUCAUUCCUGCGUCCCACGGCCUGGGACAAAGCGUUCGAGCUCCACGGGAUUCUACAUUUACACGACACUACUCGACGCCCCUCUGAGAACAGCGCCGCCACGGCCGCCUUCUACGCGUCCGCAGAGAAGUACUCCCAGCAAACCACACUCCAAGACAGUGACGAUAAUCUCUCCAACACGCUCCGCCCACUAGCCCACCAUCCCGACAUCCCCCAAUUCUGUAAAGAGAUCUGUCUUGCAGCACUGGUCCUCCGCGCCAGCGUGCAAAUCUGCACGGAGAAAUUCGAAUGGGUGUGGGUCGAGUCCGAGAUGGAAAUGGACGCGGCGCGGAUGUUGCCGGUUGAUGAUGGAGCCCUGCGCGCCGUCCAGGGCGAAACGUCCGAGGAGGUCGCGGUCGGCGUCAUGCCGGGCUUGCGCUGGAUCAUGCCGGCUUACUCGGUGGACGACGAGGAUGAGGUGAUCGGGGAGGAAGGCAACGGGGAAUUUGGCGACGCGGACAUGUCGAAUAGACACACGACGAGACGAAGCCAGCAGCAACGGCCGCAGCAGUGGAAUUUCGUGCCUGCGAAGGUCGUGCUGAUGCCGCUCUGAGAAAGGCAUUGGGAAAUUUCCUCUUCUGUUGCCACGAUGUGAAGUUCGUCGAACAGGAGGGCUUGUGGCGUCGCGGUGGCUGCAGCUCGUGAGCAAUGCCUCGGCGUUGUAUUUAUCUAUUGGCUUAUUGAUGCAUGAGAAUAGGACGCAUAAUAUAUAUUACCACACAACGAAAGCCAUUUGGAUCGAGAG